CACCCACCUCCCGGCAGCUCCUCUCUCGCCUACGCCUACUGCCUGCACCUAGUCACGGGGCGCCUCCCCUUUCCCGGUCCUUCAUCCUCACCUGUGCGCUCGUUCCCUGGCCUGACGCUUCGCUAACCUCUCCACCGAAUUUCUCCGUGACAUUUCGUCCUUCAGCCAGUGCCCUUCUCCCUGUGCUUCCUAACUCUGACGAAAGCCAUUCAAGUACCCGAGUGGCCGACACCAUGCCGUUCCCGAUUCUCCUUCUUACAGCUAUCACCCCUCCAGUGCCGACGGUAGAGAAAGACUUUACACCAGGGGCUUCCUUCUCUUGGGGAACUGCCGGAAAAAGCAAACAAAAAAGGCGCAGGUGUGGGCUCCAAAAUAAACACAUCUGAAUUCAUGAUGACAUCGACAGAGGCUCUUAUUGGAUUAAAAGUUUCAAAACAAACAAAAACGCUUUGGAAAAAGGGUUGAAUGCCUGCCUGCAUCCUCAGGCACGACCAUGGAGAAAGGUGGGAACAUACAACUGGAGAUCCCUGACUUUAGCAACUCUGUCCUGAGCCAUCUAAACCAGCUGCGCAUGCAGGGCCGUCUCUGUGAUAUUGUGGUCAAUGUGCAAGGGCAAGCUUUCCGGGCUCACAAGGUAGUACUGGCUGCCAGCUCCCCCUAUUUCCGGGAUCACAUGUCCUUGAAUGAGAUGAGUACUGUCUCCAUUUCAGUCAUCAAGAACCCUACUGUUUUUGAACAGCUCCUUUCUUUUUGUUACACUGGGAGGAUAUGCCUGCAACUGGCAGAUAUCAUCAGCUACCUGACAGCUGCCAGUUUUCUGCAGAUGCAGCAUAUCAUAGACAAGUGUACGCAGAUCCUGGAAGGCAUUCAUUUCAAAAUUAAUGUGGCUGAGGUUGAAGCAGAAUUAAGUCAAACAAGGACAAAGCAUCAAGAGAGGCCUCCAGAGUCUCACAGGGUUACACCAAAUCUAAACCGGUCCCUUAGCCCACGACAUAAUGCCCCAAAGGGAAACCGGCGAGGUACAGUUAGUGCUGUGCUGGAUAUCAGGGAGCUAAGCCCCCCUGAGGAGUCCACCAGCCCCCAGAUAAUUGAACAGAGUUCUGACGUAGAGAGCCGGGAGCCCAUUCUUCGGAUCAACCGAGCAGGACAAUGGUAUGUGGAGACAGGAAUAGCAGACCGGGGAGCCCGGAGUGAUGAUGAAGUUAGGGUUCUUGGAGCACUACACAUCAAAACUGAAAAUCUGGAGGAGUGGCUCGGGCCUGAGAAUCAGCCUUCCGGAGAAGAUGGGAGUAGUGCAGAGGAGGUCACAGCCAUGGUGAUUGACACCACAGGCCACAGUUCUGUAGGACAGGAGAAUUACACUUUAGGGUCUUCAGGAGCCAAGGUGGCUCGGCCAACAAGCAGUGAAAUUGACAGAUUCAGCCCCUCGGGCAGUGUUGUUCCCUUGACAGAGAGACACAGAGCAAGAAGUGAGUCUCCGGGAAGAGUGGAUGAGCCUAAGCAGCCUAGCUCCCAGGUAGAAGAGUCAGCAAUGAUGGGAGUAAGUGGCUAUGUAGAGUACCUCCGAGAGCAGGAAGUAUCUGAGAGGUGGUUCCGGUACAACCCCCGUCUCACCUGCAUCUACUGUGCCAAAUCUUUCAACCAGAAGGGAAGCCUAGACCGCACAUGCGUCGUGCACAUGGGGAUCACACCGUUCGUCUGCCGCAUGUGUGGCAAGAAGUAUACCCGUGAAAGAUCAGCUGGAGUAUCAAUCCGCAAGCACACGGGCAACAAGCCCUUUCACUGUCAUGUUUUGUGGCAAAAGUUUCCCUUCCAGGCCAUCUUGAAUCAGCACUUUCGCAAAAACCACCCUGGCUGCAUACCCCUGGAGGGGCCUCACAGCAUCUCCCCUGAAACAACUGUCACUUCUCGAGGACAAGCUGAGGAAGAGUCCCCUUCACAGGAAGACACAGUUGUCCCUGGAGAAGCAGCCCAGGGCUCUGUGUCCACCACUGGGCCAGAUUGAAACUGAGGGGGAGGGGGCAAACCCCUCUUCCCCUUUGGGCCGUAAGGAGCCAGCAUCAGGGCCAUGGGCUGGUACUCGGUUCACAAAAUGCCACGUCACUAGACCAGAAUAUCCCAAGAUGUUGCCAAACUAGAGAAUCAGCAACAUACACAAAAGCACUAAAGGCUCUUCCCCUUCUUCACACCUCACACCUUGGAAAAUAAUCAUCAAAUCAACUUUCUAAUUCAGGGAUCAACAGCCUUGGUUUGUUAACUUUAUAAGAAAAAAAAUUUUUUAACAGAACAGUGAUAAAUGGUCAUUUAUCUGCCAGUCAUGUUUGAAACACUGUACUUUGAUCCAUAUCGUCUUGGUGGCUGUAAUUGCCCAGAUCUAAAAAAAAUGCAACAGGAGCCUUCGUCAUCUGAACCCACCAGCCACAAGGGAGAAGGAGGUAGUCAUGAUGGUAAUGAGGAGGAGAAGGAGGAAGAAUUUCUCCUCUUCCUUUCCUGCCAGAUCAUGCAGUUUCAUAUUUCAAGGAGAAAGUCCUGGUGAUCCUUAUUGUUUUGAAGUGUUCAACUUUAUCUUUGCCCUGAGUAGGCAUCUAAUGUUUUGCCAGAUUAUUUCUUGUAAGCAGCCAUCUUGGUACGGUAUUCUAGUGGGCACUUUAGGCAACUGGAAUUGAAAUGAGCAGCACAGUAUUUGCAAUAGGUACUGCUACAUUUGGGGUCUCAAGUGUUGUGUUAAAGAAGAGGGGAGCAGGGAAGGAAAUGUUUUUAUGUUUUGCAAAUGUCAAACAGUGCAGAGCCAUGAUGCAACUUCCUGACUGGUAUUUGUAAACCAUAGUGCUUAUACUUCUUCAAGUGUUAGGAAAUGGCUCUGGUCCAGAUAAAUUAAUGUGUUAGGCUGACUACCAAAGUUUCAUCCAGUCUCUUUGGCUCCUAGUUUAACGUAACAGCAAUAUUGUACAUCAAAAAUGUCACUUUCUAGUGCAUUGAGCCUGGAUUGUAUUUUUAAAUCCACAGGUUUCCAUAUUUGAUAACUUUUAUAUGAACUUUUAAACACAUAUUUUUUCUGCAAUAUUGUGUUUGAAGAAAUUCAACACUAUGGUUCUUAUUGCAACCACAAUUCCGUCUCCUUCUCCAUAUGUUAUAGUUUAUAUUUUCAGUCCAGAACCUCAGUAAGUCUUGGGUCUGCAAACCUAGUAAUUCAUAAACCAACCAUCGCCAAAUUGUUAACUCCAAGAGCUUUGCUUUUUAAUAAUACACUGCAGGGCAUUUAUCAGAAAACAUGCACAAUUAUAUUGCAAUAAAUGACCAAGGGAUCAA